AAAAACUUGAAGACGAUGCUGGCGAUCGGCGGCUGGAACGAGGGCUCCAGCAGAUUUUCACCGAUGGUGGCCGAUUCUCAGCGACGGCGCGAGUUCGUCAAGAACACCGUCAAGUUCCUCAGGCAGAAUCACUUCGACGGCCUCGAUCUCGACUGGGAGUAUCCGGCAUUCAGAGACGGCGGAAAGCCGCGAGAUAAGGACAAUUACGCCAACUUGGUGCAGGAACUUCGCGAGGAGUUCGAUCGAGAGUCCUCGAAGACCGGAAGAUCGAGAUUGUUGCUGUCGAUGGCGAUGCCCGCCGGCGUCGAGUACAUUGAUAAGGGUUACGACGUACCCAGGCUCAACGAGUACUUGGACUUCGUCAAUCUGCUCUCUUACGACUAUCACUCGGCGUACGAACCCGUUGUCAAUCAUCAUUCGCCGUUGUACCCGCUGGAGGAGGACAAUGAGUACAAUUACGAUGCGGAAUUAACUAUCGAUUAUACAAUCACUUAUCUCCUGGAGAAAGGCGCGUCCGCGGAUAAGAUCAUUCUUGGGAUACCAACGUAUGGUCGAUCGUACACGUUGUUCAACCAAGAUGCAACCGAACUCGGAUCGCCCGCGGAUGGUCCAGGCACCGAGGGCGAAGCCACACGAGAGAAAGGCUAUCUUGCCUAUUAUGAGAUUUGUGAGGGUAUAGCGGAAUCGGAUGAGUGGGAAGUCGUUCAACCAAAUACCAAAGCCAUGGGGCCGUACGCCUUCAAGGGCAAUCAGUGGGUGGGAUACGACGACGAGGACAUAGUCAAACUGAAAGCUCACUACGUGAACGAGAAGAAGCUGGGAGGCAUCAUGUUCUGGUCGAUAGACAACGACGAUUUCCGCGGCAAGUGCCACGGUCGACCUUACCCAUUAAUCGAGGCUGCUAAAGAAGCAUUGCUCGCGGAUAAUAGCAGGAAUACAAUUGACAAGACGAAGUCAGUAGACAAUCGGAAAAAGACUCGCACCCAAAGCAACGCUCGUAAGUCGAGCGCGAGCAGCCGAAGAGGUAGCACUACAUCGGCUCCGAUCACCAGCAAGCGCGUGUCCUCUUCAAGACCGAAAUACCGUGUCAUUUCGCAAGCGAGCAAGGAGGAACAGGAAGAUCGAGAGGUAUCGAGGAGAUCGUACGAUCCGUCAUCAGAUGAGGACACGGAGGGUAGAAACACCGUGAGAGUCACUGAGAAAAUCGAGCGACCGAAGAAUCGAAGCAGAAAUAAAACGCGAAGCGGUGCUACCGAUCGCAGCACCCGUAGAAAGCAGUCCAGACGUAAGGGACAAAGCAAGACUGGCGAGGACGAAUCCUUGAGCAACAAGUUAACGACUCCUGAACCACCAACUACUCCCGAUCCAGGAACCGACUUUAAAUGCGAGGACGAAGGCUUCUUCCCGCAUCCUCGAGAUUGCAAGAAGUACUUCUGGUGUCUCGAUAGCGGUCCCAGUGGACUUGGCGUGGUUGCACAUCAGUUCACCUGUCCUUCAGGAUUGGUAUUCAACAAAGGCGCGGACUCUUGCGAUUAUCCACGCAACGUGAUUUGUCCCAAGGCGUUGAAAACAUUGCUCGUCUCGACCACCAGAUCGCCCAUUACGGCCGCGACAAGCCGAACAACUUACUUGCACAGCACAACGACUGCAAAGGCGGAAUCGGAAGAAUACGAUUCGGAGGAAGAUUAUGACGAAAUCGAGGAAAGUGAGGAGGAGGAGGAAGAGGAGGAGGAGGAAGAGAAGAUAAAAGAAGAACCAAAGACUACCACGACGGCGAAACCACUCGUGUAUAAAACACUAACCAGAAAUAGACCAAGUACGACGACCACUACUACAACAACCACUUCGAAACCAAGCGAGCCCGAAAAGAUCAUCGACAAUGAAGACGAGGAGGAUCCGAAGGUGAUCAAGGAACUCAUCGAUCUCAUAAAAAAAGCUGGCGGAAUAGAAGAGUUGGAAAAGCAAUUGCUCCUUCAAGAGAAGAAUUCAGACACAAGAUCAGGUAGCGAAAGCGUUACACCAGCUGCAAUUAGUCGUAGUUUGUACGAGCGUGUAUUGAAUCGCCAAGCGAGCAGAAUUGGUAAUCAUCGACCCGCAUUGUCGUCCUCGGAAACCAGUUAUGUGAACGGGCCGGGAAGAGCACAGUUCGAAGGCUUGGACGAUAUUCCCGAAGUGAAAAGUCUUAGGCGAUCACAGAAACCUCAAUACGUCACAAUCGAGAGAUCCAGGUCAGUCGCUUCUUUAUUAGCAAAAGAAUCUUCCUCGGAGAACGAAGAUAUAGACGAGGAGGAAGAAAGUGACAACACUGACGUAGCUUCUUCCGAGGAGAAAACCGUCAGCAAUCCGUUGGAAGACAGCUCGUCUACGCAACGAGUGACGCCCAGUUACGUAAAUAUUCGACGAACGCGACUUUCCACCACAACGUCCAGAACCGAGAACGACGUGGGGGGGAAGGAAGUAGAAAUUGAGGAGGAAAGGCCGACUCGCAGACGACGUCCGUUUGUUUCUUCAAAACAACAAGAUAACGAAGCAAGCUCUGAAACAUCUAAACGUUUUCGAAAUCGUGGUUCGAGUUUCAGGAAAUCAGAGAAGAGGGACGAUUCGAGAAACACAAAUCGAUCAGCUGAGAAAGAUGAUGAUUCGUCAACAACCAAAUCUAGGUACGCCAGCAUACAAAGGUUCAGGAGUACCACUUUGAAAACUUCAGAUGACUUGUCUAGUUCGAUACCUUUAUCGGAGGUCACCAGCGAGACCAUUUCACCGACGAGACUAGAAGAGAAUUCAGAAGUAUCCAGAACAACAGCUAGUACAACAGCUUCGUUGUCCACGACGCCUGCAGCGACCAUUUCGACCUCCACCGAGAUCAUUACCGUGAUCAGCGUCGAACCGCCGGAAAACUCAUCAAGUGCCAGUCCUAAAGCAGAUAUCGGCUCUACCACUGACUCGAUGAAGCUGGUGGAAGAUUCGGCAACGGAAAUCCUGUUUACAACAUUGCCAGCAGCUAGCAGCAGCUCAAGUCCGUCGACAACGACAACGACGACAACGUUGGCGACCAGGCCGACGAUCGCUGUGGUGUCGCAACCGCGACCGUUCGGUUUCACUAGACGAAAAUUCGGUUCAUCAGAAGCGACGACGGCGGCGACGACCCCGUUGAGCAGGUCCAAGGUGAGUAUUACGUCGCGAAAUCCCACGCGUCCGUCCAGCCCGGUUCUGGGGCGCGUUCGAUUAAGGACGAGGCCGACCAAUCGAGUUACCGAGGAAGAGUCGGUGGAUCAAGUGAACACUCCAAGCACGGAGACUUCUACGUCCAGGAGCAAGGAACUUAGCAGAUCGCGCAGUAGGGGAUCCAGCAGGUAUACCCCGCCGACGUCGAGAUCAAGAACGCAGAAUGUUUCUGCAAACUCCGUCCCAGGUACCAGGUAUAGAGAAAGAGAUAGGACAACAGCUUCAACGACCGUCACCAGCGAUGGCCUCAGAAGAAGAUAUCGAAGACCUAGCAGAAUCAACGGCGCAGUAGACUCUAUCAAAGCUAACGAACUGGAUGAUAGUCCGAUAGUCAGAAUAACGCAAGGCAGUUCUAGGAAGAACCCGUUGUCUCGAUCGCGAUCUGACAGCAGUGACGAGGAGAGCGAUAAAAUAACGAACGUCAGAGUUUUCAGAAAGCCAACUGUUAAUCGCGAGCUGUAUGAUAGGACGAAGUACACGAGGAAGAGGAACAACGUGGAAGAGCAAAAAGUGCAAAAGGUGAACGAUGCAUCGAAUCAGAAGCACAACACCACAUCGAUAACAGUUCCCAGAACAAGUUCUUCCGCGGAGACUGACAAGAUUGAAGGAAACGAUUUGCUGAACAGUGUGGAUCAAUCGACCGCUACGGUUGAUUCCGUCGUUGAAUCGAACACCAUCCAGCCGAUCUAUACCGUGAAACCGAACACACAAAUUAGCGUGACGACUGUACCUAGCAGUAAGGUGGAUUAUACGAGCGACCGACCCGAGGAUGCUGUCGCCACGACAACUGCUCACAUUGAAGCCCAUGCAUUUAAUCCUGAUUUGGUGACAAUCGUUUCUACCGAGCGUACCGUUGAUACUGAGGAAAAGACGUUAAACGCGCCAAGAAAACGAAAGGUCCUCCUAAGAAGAAGGCCGAUAUCAUCGAGCACAGCUGCCAACAUUAUUGAAACCGAAGAAGAGGAAAGACUUCAAGUAUCUCACAGACGAAAAGUGAUAAAACGUAAACGUCCGUUUCAAGGCACCUCGUCGACAUCGGUUGAAGUUUCCGAAGAAGAGAAUUCAAGCCCUCUUCUCCUAGAAACGACGACUCCGAUGGGAAGCAAUAAAACUGUUGAAAAAUCAACAGCUGCUUUCAAUCAGACAGGAAUUACCCCAAUCAACAAGAGUGCUGAAGAAUCAACGAUCGCUACUGGUCGAACUGAAUUUACGAAAGAAAUGGAAGAUUCAACUCUAACUAUCAUGGAAACCACCUUGCCAACCGAUUAUAACGCUGAUAGUUUCACGAAAGUUACAUUGGAAACUCCUGCGACUGAAACUACGACGAUAUCAACCGAGAAAGCUACAGAUAGUCUCAAUACCGCCACUAUAUCGAUGACUAACACAGACGCUAAUGAGGGUCGUCAGUCGACAAUUGAAAUGGGCACUGAAGCUACCACGAUGGAAUCAACGUUGUCGACGCCCACGAUUUAUAAUACUGAAACCACCAUGUUUCUAGAAGAUACAUCGAUGCCGUCUACCGAGAACUUACCCACCACUCGCGUGCGAAUAAUCGUCACGUCGCCCACGUUGGAUGCAGCCACCACCCGCGCACAAGCAACCACCACGCCGGAAUCAGAUUCAUUAUUGGCCGCAAAAUCGAGCUUCGAGUCGAGAUACGCGCGUAAGAAGUUCAUUCGCAAGAGUCCUGUAUCGUCUUCGGGAAACGGAACCAAUCGAUAUCCUCCCGCGUUAUCGUCGACAGAAAACAGCAGCCUCGAGGUUCUCUCAAGACGCAGGAGCAGCUUGUUCACUCGACAAUUUUGGAAACAGUAUACUACAACUUCCGUAAGAGGCCAAGUAAAUCAUCCUUCAGUCCGUGUCGAGGAUGUUGAAGAUCGUAAAGUGGCGGAACACGCAGAAGAUAAUGCGUAUCGAUUAACGUCGAUUGCCACUCGCGGCCCCGAUACAAUUCGGUCGCGAUACAAGGUUCCCGUAAUCCUGAAGAGACCAUUCGAUCCUGAGGAGGCUUUAUCGCCCAGACGAUAUCCUCCGUUAGACUCCGCGCCCGAAGAAUCUGAGGAGACGCCGGAAACAAAAGAGGCGAGGCUGAGGCAAUCCACCUUACGGCAGCCGCGAACGCGUUAUAAACUUCAAGACCGAGAUAGCGUCAAAAUCGAUGAGGAAGCUACGUUGCCGAAUGCAGAGUCCCCUAGCAAGUGGCUAUAUUUCAGAACGCGCUCGUAUCCAAAACGUACAUCGUCGACCAGCACGGAAGCGGCGGUCACGGAGACCCUAAUACCGGCGAAAAAAUUCGAUUACGCCGCCGAUGCCUUUCUCCGGAAGCAGCAGUCGCUGCGAACAACGACGCCGAGAAGCAAUGACUUUCUGGACUCGCAGAACCUGAUCGAUCCAUAUUACAUGCGUACCACGACGGUGAAACCGUCCGUCACUAGAUUAGUGACGUCGGUGACGGAGUCCGGCACCACAGAGCGGCAGAAGAUCCUCAUCAAGACCAAGUACUCGUCGCUAACAUCGACCACGAGGAUACCAGCGGACCAGUUUUCCCCAACGACUCCGUUGUCAGUUUCGGUGACUGGAGUCGACGACGACGAGUCUGCUAACGAAAUCCGUCAGGGUGUCGAGCGGUCCACUCUGCCGAUCGAGAGCGAGUUUAAUUACCGUUACGACGGCCGAUUCACCACGGAAUCUCACGAGUCCUCGACCAUCGAGAUCGAAUCGGUGUUCAACAACCUGAUCGUCGCCGAUUUGGAAGCUAUCAGAUUGCCGACCCUGAAGGAACUGAUCGGCUAUCCGACGACUUACUAUGACGAUCGUACCGCCACGACGUCGUCGUCCGUACUCUUGCACUUGCUGCGUAACGACGUGGACAACGACAUUAGCCGGCAGAACGUCGAAGAGUCGUUGAGAGGGGCAGACGAGUCGCAAGACGGCGAGAAAGAGAUCACCCAGUCACCGAGAGGCGUGAUCGAAGAAACCGGCGACUCGUGGCUGCGGCAAGCCUCCGAGAACAAAGCGAGAUCUCGCGCUCCAAGAAUGGAAAACAUUACAAACUUUGAUGAAGGAGUCUCAGUCACAAACACUAUUCAGGGAGGCGGAAGUAAACGAAAGACGUCUACGACCUCGGUCUAUUUGAAGCCGACUACAAUGCGCGGCAUUCCUCUCGCCAGUUUGAUUCCGAGCCCGGUAAAGCGCGGGUUUUAUAUCACCAGGAGUGAAAACGAUCUGCCAUCAUCGAUACUGGCAGACAGUUUUACGCCAUCUUACACAACGAUCGACACUCCCAUCGAAGUGCAGCAGGCGGAAACUACUUUAAUUUCUGACAGUUCUACGAUCGAUGAGACUGUCACGGUCACUCGUAAUAAUCAGAUCGAAUCGGGACCCAAUGCUCUCGAUGACAAUGUAAACGAUAUCGUUAGUGACAAAGGCGUCGAUAGUCGCGAAGAAAAGUAUUCCACGCCCAGUCCUUCAGUAAUCUUCUCGAAAGAUAAUGCUGAAAAUCUUUCGAAUCAUGAAAAACCUGACGUGAUUACAAUUCCUGUCGCCAGGCCAGCAUCCAAAAGAAGAAAACCGCUCCGUGAUUUCGAUCGUACGACGCCUCUUUCCAACUCUUUCGUCGUAUCCUCGACAACACCGACGAGACGAAGAAUCGCCCUCGCUGUAAACAGAUACAAUGAAGCUACCACUCCGUUGUGGACGGGCAGACGCAUAGUGGCAAAGAAAAGAAUCAGAACCACUGUCUCGCCGAUCAAGGAUGCCGUAAGACGAAUUGAGAGCGAUUCUAUUCGCGCCGAAACGAGCACUCAGAAAAGUGCUUCUCCAACUACUAGAUCCGUUUCGACCUUGACGUCAAGAAGGCGUAGACCUCCCGCGACUUCGACGAUACCGACGAUUCCCUCGAUCAUGCCCGAUUCCACGGCAUCUGAAAUUUUAAACACUUACAAUAAUCUUGUAAAUUCUAAAGAUACGAAAACCGAAGAUCCGGAAAGUCAGGCAACUGUAGAAACAGCGGUGACUUUGACAAACUCGGUAAUCACGGCGACACCUUUAAUCGUCAGAAUUAUUUCGACGACAAACGAUCCCAGGACUGCUGAUAUUUCAACGUUCUCAGACGAUCCUACGACCAUGACGGUUCCUGCAGUCGCAAAUGACGCGUCUAUUACGACCGCACCGUCGACAGUCACGAUUGCGAAAGCACCCGCAGUUACGACUGACGCUACAAUCACGACUACAGCCGCGAUUACAAGUAUUGAAGUUGAAACUACUUCUCUGAAUUAUUCCGUGACUGAUAAUCCAACAAUCGAGAAUACAAAUGCAAUCCUGACUGAUUCUACAGCUACAAUUGCGUUCGAAGCAAACGCUGAAACUGAAAUUACUUCUACAAAUGUAAAUAUAGUUCCGGAGACUGCGCAGACAUUCGUAACUGACCCUGUAGUUAUAUCUACAAUAGAGAGUACUGAAAUCGAAACUACACCCACGAUGACAAAUUACUCCACAAUCGAGAUACCAAAUACUGCCAAUGCGCAGGAAAUUGCGAUGGAAUCUGCAAAUACGGCUACGAUGCAAAUAAAAAAUCCUGAUAUUGAUGCUAUUUCCACAGUUGCAAAUUAUUCUGCAGUUACAAUUCCAUCGACUGUAAAUAUGCAGAAUAUUAUGACUGAUGCAAUUUCGAUCACUACUGCAAGUACUGAAGUUGAAACAAUUUCCACGGGUGGAAAUUAUUCCACAUUUACUACAACAAUUAAGAAUACCACGACAAUUCCUGUUACUGCAACAGUUCCCGUUACUACAACUGCUUCACCAUUAACUACGGUUAUUUCUUCAGCUAUGAACACGCAACAUGCAACUGCACCUAUGACGAAUAAUCUCGUAGAUGCAAAUACUAUAACUGCAAACAUGAUAACUACACCUCUUAGUGUAAUUACUCCAACGAUUGCUGAUCUUAACGUAAUUACGUCUGCAAAUGCGAACGUUCCUUCCACUUCUGCAAUUAGCGAGACCUCGUCAACCAUAAAUCAGCCCAGAACUAGUUCUGUAACAUCGUUCAAAGCUCCCGUUACGGGUACAGUCAUAACUUCAACGACUUCGGCUACUCCAACUUUAAUAACCGAAGCUUCUACGAUACAUCUCUCAGAUCCAAACAAUCUUGAUAGUAGAAGUAAUUCUAAAGUAGCCGUCACGGUAACUGCAGAAUCUACUCAAACUACUGAAAUUCCUACGACAUUCGAAACCGCCCCAGUAUUUACCUCGACAGUUACCGCAUCUUCCAAGCCUCCUCAUAGUACGGAUUUCGAAGCUUCGUCAAUUGUAACAGCUGCAUUGCCAACUCAAGAAGUCAAAAGUUUCUUUAUGCCAGAGGACACUCAAACUCCCUCGACUCUCCCUUCAAUCGUAACACUAAGUACUAAUAAAGCGACUGUGACUUCUGAAAGAUCUGCAACUUCUCCGACGUUGUCCGCGAUUUUCGGUGAAUCGUUUACGAGAAAUUCUAUAAUGCAGAGAACUUAUGACGCAAAUUCUGUACGAACAACUGAAAAGUCUACAAUGCCAGAACAGAAGACAGAUUUCAAGGAAGUUACGUCAACGAAAACACAAAGUCGAACUGAGGAUCAAAUAAUUACGACCAUUACCAAGCUGAGUUCUAGACGAACGACGAGUGAAGAGUCUACAACUCCAGAAAUGAAAAUAGUAUAUGAGGAAACUACUUCAAAGGCUACAGAAAACCAAAAACAAAAUCAAACAUCUUCAGAACUCGACACAACUAAUUAUCAAUUCAGUCAGAAAACCGCGAGACGUCGCGUUCUAAAUCGAACGAACAAUUGGCUUGGUAGUUCUGUAACAUUGCAAAGGACUAACCAAUCUCCUCGACAUCGGGUUACGUUGCACCACGGACGAUCACGAAGACCUCCAAUUUACACAUCGUCUGCGAAGAUGACUGAGAAGAAUCGUAGAAGAAGGAUUAUGCAGAAGAGAAUCAGAGUUAACUCCGAAGCGUUUAAUAGCACUGUCAGACCUAAUCAGGAUACUGUCAAUAUUCCGAAUACUACUGAAGAUCAUGUUGCAUAUGAUCGAGUGGAGAAUGUAAAAGAAAUGAAAGUUGUAUUAGGAAAAAUGGAGGAAAGAGUCGGAAAAGAAACAACUACCAUUCUACCCACGGAAGAAAUAACGGUAUUUCUUCAAUCAUCAACUACUAUUAAAAAUGAAACACUUCGUGAGAAUAAAAAUAUUGAAGAAAAUCAAAAGGCUAUACCGAAAAAAGUAAAGCACUCUCAAGAAAGCUUUACAACGACAGAAACCAGUACUAGUUCUAGUUUUACUAAUGAGAGUGUUCCAGAUAAUUAUCAAAAUAAUCUUCACGUGGCCGAGGAUCUUUCCGAACCAGAAAAACCGAAAGAAAUAAUGAAAGUUGAUUUGAAAAAUAUUAAAUCUCAAUCCGAGGAAAAGAAUCCAAUCAAAGAAAUAGAUACAGAUUCUGAUUCUAUCAAAACAGAUUUACAAGACAAUUUUUCCAAAAAUCCUUACGCAGAUACGAAUCUUUCCAACAAGGGGAUCACAAGAAGAAGAAUGAGAGUUGUAUUAAAGAGGGUCAGACAUAAAUCUGACGAAAGAAAUUCCACAAUUGAAGAAACAAAUGUGGAAUCUGUUCCUACCGAUAAAAAUUUUGAAAAUAAUCUUUCAAAUAACGUUAACGUAAGUCAGAAUUUUUCCAAUGAAGAAAAACCAAGAAGAAGAAUGAGAGUGGUAUUGAAGAGAGUUAAAUCCGAGGAAGCGAGGACAAAGACUGAAGAAACCAAUACAGAAUAUGAUUCUAAUGAAAGUCUUCAAGGUACUUUUUCCAAUAAUUUUUACAGUGCUAAGAAUUUUCCCGAAUAUAAAGCCAGAAGAAGAAUGAGAGUUGUAUUAAAGAGCGUCAAACCCAAGUCUGAAGAAAAAAAUUCGACAGUUGAAGAAACAACUGCAAAUCAUGAUCCUACUAAUGAAACUCUUCAAGGUACUCUCUCGAAUAAUUUUCGCGACGGUAGAAACCUUCCUAUAAAAUCUGGGACCAAAAGAAGAAUGAGAGUUGUAUUAAAGAGCAUCAAGUCUAAAUCUGAGAAAGGGAAUUCAACAGCUGAAGAAACGAAUGUAGAUCCUGACUCUAUCAAUAAAAAUCAAAGCGCUUUUGUAAAUAAUUCUCACAGAGAUAGAAAUAUUCCCAUCGAAUAUGGAACCAAACGAAGAAUGAGAGUUAUAUUGAAAAGUGUUAAACCUAAGUCCGAAGAAAAAAAUUCAACAAUCGAAGAGACGAGUAUAGAUUCUGAUUCUGUUGAAAAAGAUCUUCAAGGCAGUUUUUCAGAUAACCUUUACAUGAACGAACAUUUUUCCAACGAAGAAGAGGCACGAAAAAGAACGGAAGUGAGCGUCAAACCUAAUUCCAAGGAAAGAGACUCAGUAGCUGAAGAAACAAGUGCAGAUUCUGAUUCUAGGAAAGAUCCUCAAGUACUUCACGUAUUUAACUUUUCAAGUAAUCUUCAUGUGGGCGAUAAUCUUCCCGACAAGAAAAAGAAACAUUCUGAGUCCAAGGGAAAGGAAGCGAUGACCGAACGGCCGGAAGACAUGGAGCCGCAAACCACUAGGACGUCUGUUCCGGUCGAGGAGGACACUGAUCGACCCUCGCUCGAGGUGAAAAAUGGUGGAUCGGUUAGUCACAGCCCAGGAAACGGAUAUUCCAAUAGACACAGGAAACCAACGUCAUUCACAACGGUAGCCCCGCUAACCAAUACUUUGUCAAAUACAUUGACCGUACAUCGAAGACGUAGACCAGUUGAGACCACUUUAUCGUCAAGAAUAGAUCUCGUCGACACGUUCGAGGACACCGAACCCUAUGUCAAAUCAGCUGGUAUCUUGCAUGAUCAGAAUACAGACGUGUCCGAUCAAAGUAUCCACGCCCAAGAAUUUGCGGUGACGCUAUCGAAUCCGCCGUCCUCGUCGUCGGAUAUUGGUCGAACGCCGUUAAGGGACGCCGAUAGGCGCAAGAUAAGCACCACCAUAUCACCUAGAACAGAUCCUACAACCAGUACGGUCUCGAGAUACGAUACGAACUUUCGAAGUCGCCAGAGACCCCGGUCGAAAGACAGGCCUACGGUGAACACGACCACGAGGCCCAGAAGACCGCCGGUCAUCGACUACGAUUAUUACGAGGACGAGGUGCCGAUCAUCGCCGACAAGUCCGUCUUCAACAGUAAACUCUUCCUCACGAGCAAGGGUACCGUACGUUGCCUGGACCAGGGCAAUUUCCCACAUCCCUACUCGUGCAAGAAGUUCAUUACCUGCGCCCCUAUGGUGAACGGCCAGGUGAUCGGAACCGAGUACACCUGCCCCGACAAACUGUCCUUCGACCCGAUCGGCGGUAUCUGCAAUUGGUCCGCCGGUCUCGGUUGCAAGGAUUAAUCGAGGCCUCGCUUUAAUCACUCGACAGUCUUCUAUGUGAGAAAGCUACCUUAGGCCCAAUCGCACCAAUGUCUCCUAAAGCUAAUUUUAAUUUGGUAAAUGCACUCCUUUUGUCUCUGCUACGCAAGACUACAAUUCGAAAAAGAAAUAGCAAAUUGUUAAAUUAAACUUGACUCAAAUUGUUGGUGCGAUCGGACCUCGAUUUUUUGCAUCUGUCCAGACAGUAUGGAGUCGAAUACAACUUUAUAUUUACUCCAUGUUUGUACACGGUUUGUCGCCUGUGUUAAAAGUAACCAAAUUUUUUUGAAAUAUUUUGACAAAAUACAAUUUUUUUCGGGACAAAUAUUUCAAUUUUGUUCAAAAUAUCAUAUAGCGUUUCUUCUGUGGCGGUACAAUGAUUUAUACGGCCAACUGAAGCAUCAAAUGAUUUUUUUAUGUUUAUCGUGAAAUGCCUUUGAGGAUGUUCAUCGGCCUCGUGGACUCGAUGAUUAGAGUAGUGUCACAACGCUUUCCUGUCAUAGAUAUUUUAAGCCGUAGAAACAAAAGUAAUCGGUGCCAAAUCCGAUAAAUACGAUGAAUGGUGCAACAACGCGGUAACUUUUGUGCCAAAAAAAAAGCGUUAUGGCACUAUCCCAGACAUUCAAAAGGCCGUGACAAGUAUCUUAAAAGACAUUUCACAUAAAAGAGAUAUCAAAAAGUUAUUUGAUGUAUUAGUUGACUGUUGUUCUAUCUCUCUCCCGUCGCAGAAGAAAUAUAUUUUAAACAAAAUAUAUUUAUCCAAAACAAAAAUUGUCUAUAUUUUGUAAUUUCUAAAACGUUCAGUUGUCUUUUGAACAAACCGUGUACAUAAAAUACAUAAUUCUUGAUUAUAUUUAAACGACGCACUUUAUUUAUUUCCUUAUUUCACAUGUGGGAGCUACGAAAAAAUAUGUGGCUGUCGAGUGUUUAAGAUUAUUAUUGCGACGUUUCGGAAGACGAGUUUUCGAAUACAACGAAUUGCUCAGCUCAAAAUUAAAAGAGAGGAAUUCUUGAUCUUGCAGGACAUAAAUUUCUAUAAAAAUUCUGUUUUAGUUUACUCUCUCUUCACGCAUGGCAGUCCAAAUUGUUAUUUAUUUUAGAUUCGAACUUUUGUUGCAAGAUGAUGGACGACAGCGUUUUACGAAAAUCAUCGUUAAUAUUACUGCAGUAUACAGGAUCAUAUGUAUAAUGAUAAUAUCAAGAAAUGAACGUGAAAUAACUGGAUUAUCCAUUCGAGGAGACUUGAUGUUAAUGAAAAGGUCACAUUCUAUCUCUUUUUCAACCCCCCCCCAAAUCUUUUUCUCUUUUCCAACUAAAAGUUUCGCAUUCUAAUACAUACUAAAUAGAAUCUUUCGUAUUAACAGUCUUGGUCUAAAAUUUUUUCCCAUCUUUGUGAAACUUGUGGCCUUUUUGAGGAAAGUGACUCGUUCACGGUUGUUGAGUACGAAGCGGGCUAUUUUCGGGCAAUCAUUCCGAUGAAAACUAUUUCGUCCACUUAUUGUACGAACGUGCAAUAGCCAUAUAAUCGAGCGAAAACGCAGAGCGGUGAUAUUAUCGUUAAAGUCUCUUUGUGUAAAUAUUAAUAGUGUUAUAAGUAGCAUGUAAGAUACGCGUACUUUUCGCGUGGCGUACUAGCGGCUAACUUGUCUGUAAAUUUUCGCGAUUAAGUCCGCCUUAUUUACGUAAGGUACGUCCACCCGAUAAAGAGACAUACGAUAAAUCUUACUCGAGUCUUAUCGGCGCGUCGAGUACAUUAGAUUUGUGUGUAUCGAAGAUUUUUGUACGUGAAAUAAAGGCCAUUUAACCACACGCGUACAUUUCCUAAAAAAGAAAAAGAAAAAUGAGUCGUAAUAAAGGUAAUAUAAAUACCGAUGUCGUUAUUUUAAACAAAGCAACUUAUUUGCUAUUGUUUAGUUACAAUGUAUUAAGAAAAAUUCUUCGGCAAACACGAAUGUCACGAUAACGUUUUAUCGAAGAUGAAGAACGAGAAACCAUGUGACGCAAUGCAGAUUUUCAGAAGAGGGAAAAAGAGUAAGCCCAAAAAAAUAAUUUGCUUUUCCAAAGAUACUCGCACCGCAAAAUGAGCAAGAUUCGAAACGCUAACGCUCGAGUUGCUUUACAAGGAAUAUCAAAGGAUGACUCAUUGACGAGGAUUGACCUUUUUGUGUAGAUUAUCGAAGCUUUCUGGGCCAGAUUUCUUAUAUGGAGGCACAAACAAACGAAAUUUUAUAGACGAUAACAAUAUGUACUUUUUUUCAAAGAUUUCUUUAUUUUUCCCGAUAUUCUUGCGUUUCACAACGUUAUUUGUUAUUAAUCUAGUUUAGGAAGAUGAAAUGGGCAAAACAAGUAUACAGUAGUAGCUGAUAAAUGUAAUGCACCGCGAGACGAUCGUGUUUCAGCGAGGUUUCCAUCGAACUGUUACAAUUUUAUAAAUAAAUGUUUCAUAAAAUAAUAAUUAAUUACAAUUGUACGUGUAGGCUAUAUAUAAAUGAGAAUGUAUUCGUUUGUAUAAUAAUAUUUGACAAUUGUUCAGUAACGAGGUACUCAGAGACGUCAACUUUCCGAACAUUCGGAGACUUCACUUUCGAAGUGUAUUCGUUUGCGCAUGUCGCGAUGCAUCGGUGUAUAUAUUUAUUAUAUAUACGUAUAUGUGUCAAAGUGUACGCAAAGUGUACGCUUUUGGCAUUACGUAUGUUUUCCUCACGUGUGUGUACGUAUACAUGUGAAAAAGUACGUGUGUGUAUCAUUUAUUGGCGUGUAUACUGUUCCAGCAGUCAACUUUCUGCUUUGGCGUACAUUUCUCGUAUUAUUACUCGUCUCUUCGUGUGCCCAAUAUAGCAUACUCCGACGGAGAAAAAGAAAUAAAAAGUAAUGAGAAAUUAAGUAAACUCUCAAAAAAGAAAAACGCGUUAAGACAGACAUGGAAAAGCGCAUUAAAGCCGCAACAAGCGAAACGAAAAAAAAA